AUGAAUUGGAAAUUUUCGACAUCAUAUUUUGACGACUUGAAACCUAAAGAAAAAUUUUGGAAAAAGCAAUUAUAUAGUAUUGAAGAUAAAAAGAUAGAAUUUUAAUGUUUGCUUUUUAAAAAAAACUCUAAAACGGGAUUUUGGAUGAGUAAAAAUUAUGUGAUAUACGAAUCACAACUAAUUAAAAUAAAAGUAUGUGAAAGAUGUUAUAAAAGCCUCAUUCAUCUAAAUGUCAUAUUGUUAAUCUUAAUUUAUCAAGGAUUGAAUAGGUUAAAUAUUAGAAUAAGCUUGAAAAAGAAAUAAUUAAUAAAGUAUGCAUUUUUAUGAAUUGAAUAGAAAAAAUAUGGGUUCAGAUUAAUAAGAAAUACUGAAUUUAGAGAAUUUUAUAGUAGAUCUAAAGAACAAAAUUCCUUAUUAUGGGACAAAUUAAAAAAAGAAGCAUUUCUUUCUUAAUUUACAGAGUCCUAUACAUUAAAGAAAAUGAUAGGAAGAGGGAAUUUUGCAAAAGUUUAUUAAAGUGUGAGCAAGUAAAAUUAAAAAUUGUAUGCUGUUAAAAUUUUUGAAAAAGAUAAAAUGAAGAACUCUGAAAUUGAUAAAAAAGCACUUUUAAAAGAAAUAAACAUAAUGCGUAAAUUAAAUCAUCAAGGAGUGAUAAAAUUGCAUGAGGUUUUUGAAGAUGAAACAAAUAUAUAUUUUGUAUUAGAUUAUUUAGAAGGUGGGGAAUUGUAUAAUCAUAUAUAAAAUAAUUAUAAAUUUCCAGAGAAAUUAGUAGCAAAAGUAAUAGCAACCAUUUUGAAUAGUUUGGAUUAUUUAUAAUAACAAAAUAUCUUACAUAGAGAUCUUAAACCAGAAAAUAUGAUAUUGAGAAAUAAAGGAAUUUUGGAUGAUAUUGUAAUUACAGAUUUUGGUUUGGCUGAUUAUUAUUCAAAUUAAGGCAAUUAUCUAUUUUCUAGAUGCGGAACUCCUGGUUAUGUAGCACCUGAAGUAUUGCAUGAUGAAUUAUAUGACUUUAAAAUUGAUGUGUUUAGUGUAGGAUGCUUAAUGUACAUAUUAUUGGCAGGUAAAUCACCAUUUAAAGGAUAGAAGUAUGAUGAUAUUGUAAUGAAAAAUUAUCAUUGUUAAGUUGACUAUAAGAAUAUAGAAAAUCAGAUAUCAAGUGAAGGAUUAGCCUUAUUAAAAUAACUCUUACAUCCAAACCCAAAAAUUAGACCUGUAUCUAGAAUUGCUUUGAAGAAUGUUUGGUUUUAGAUAAAUCUUGAAUAGAGUCGAUAUUAUUAAUUAAAUUGUCAUUAAUCAGAUAUAAAAAAAUUACCAAUUAAAUCUAGUUUAUCAAAUAUAACGUAAUUAGGUUUUAAUUCCAAUUUAAAAUCUAAUUCUGAUGCAAGAACAUUUUAAAAUAAUAAACAAUCAAUAGAGGACAAAGAUAAUCUUAUUAAAUCAGCAGAAAUAAGAAAUUAACCUACUGCUUAAUAUGAUGAUAUAAAUUCACUAAAAGGAUUGAAUAAUAGUGAAAAUUAUAUUGUAAUGGAUGAUGAUGAAUCUCAUUUGUUCCAUAGUUUAAUCUAAUAUUAAAUAAAAAACAAAUGCAAAUAAACAUUAGAUUUCUAAAACUUUUCUCAUAUUAACAAUUCAUAUACAAAUUAAAAUAAUUUUAAGUAGUAUGAAGAUGAAAAUUAGAAAGAAAAAUUUAUAAUUAGAAAAUUUUCAAACAAAGUAAUGUCGAAUUUAAAUAGUCUUGAAUCUCAAUAAUGA